CGCGAGUAAAGUAGCACAUGUUAUGCAACUAUCAAUAUUUUAUUUCUGUACUGUGUAAACAAGUCCGAUUUACGAAUAAAAACUGUAUCUCAAAGGUGUUAAAGUAUGGUUAAGUAUGAUUACUGCGUCUAUAAAAAGUAAUUCAUAAAGAAUUAAACAAUGGAGAUGUUCUUUAACUACAAAUACCUGAGCAAAAAACAUCUCAAAGGUUUUGACACUUACAAGUAUAGUGCAAUAGACACCAGUCCCCUGAGUAAUUAUGUGAUGCACCCUCUUUGGAACGUCAGUGUUAAGCUUCUACCAAAAUGGAUAGCUCCUAACCUCCUCACGUUCGCUGGGUUCCUGUUGAUGGUUGCAGCGGUGGUGCUGCUUGGAAUUUACGACUACGGCUGCUAUGGCCCGUUACGUGCCACCGUACAAGUGGUACCCGAUUGGGUGUUUACGGCUUGUGCUGUAUUCAUCUUUGUAUCUUAUAACUUAGAUGGUAUGGAUGGCAAGCAAGCCCGUCGCAUAGGACUUUCAGGGCCACUUGGGGAGAUGUUCGACCACGGCUUGGACUCAUAUGUGGUGUUCUUCAUACCAUACGCCCUAGUGACGGUCUUUGGAAGGGAUCAUGGGUAUACCAUCAGCGUGUUUCGUGGUUUCCUAUUGGUAAUGAGUGUUUCGCUAAAUUUCUACGUCAGCCAUUGCGAAAAAUACAACACUGGCACCCUGUACCUACCUUGGGGAUAUGACAUCAGCAUGUGGGUAUCGUCACUCCUAUUCCUGAUGCCAGGUUUGUACGGGCCUCGGGUAUACCAUACGUAUCUAUUCGGUUACAAGUUCGUAAAUCUACUAGAGAUAGUGGUUCAUGCCACUGGACUCUUCACUACAUUGCCUAUAACUAUCUAUAAUAUUUAUAUAGCAAAAAGAAAUCGCACUAUCCUGAACAAGUCAGUGAUAGGCAUGGUUCGUCCGGUGUGGUCAAUGCUCCUCAUGAACGCUGCUAUACUGGUAUGGGUGAUCAAAUCACCGAACAAUAUCCUCGAAUACGACCCGAAAGCCUUCAUCCUGGUAUAUGGCACCUUCUUCAGCAAUAUCUCCUGCCGCCUCAUAGUGGCAGAAAUGAGCAAGCAGCGUUGUGACGUAAUCACCUGGAUGUGCUGGCCUCUACUCGCAGGUGUAUCUGUCUCACUCUACCUACCGCACCUGGAGAUAGCCGUCCUGUAUAUCAUAUUCGUUUUGAGUUUGGCCGCUCAUAUACACUAUGGAGUUUGCGUGGUGCGUCAAAUGUGUCGUCAUUUCAAGAUACAGUGCUUCACUGUACCAAAGAACAAAUGGAAAUAAUCG